AUGAUAUUGAGACUGAUUAGUAAUUUUCCUAUAUUAAUCUAAGAUUCAAUCUAGUCUCAUACGUAAUAUACUAUUAUUCCAUUAUAUCGUAUAAAAAUUAAAUUUACUUUGCUUUAUAUUAAGAAUAUAAAGUUUAAAAUAUACAAAUAAUGUCUUGUGAUCCACAGUGAUAUCAACUACGAAAAACGUGAUCGACCCAAGCAACAAAGCCAAGAAACAAAUGAUAAAAGCACAUGUGAACGUCAAUGAUUUACAUCCAUCCAUCCACGUUCAAUUCAACUGUGCGGGUGAAAGAAUGGAAGUCGCGAAGAGCUGACCUAUGGGUAGGGGAUGCACGGUGGCGUGAACGUCAUUUAACAGAUAAUCGAUGCGUUAUGUUGUUCGGCCAAUACGAAGGCCGCGUAUGUAACUGGCAAGAACGGUGA